AUGUCAAGUACAGAGCAAAGUAUAUUGAACUCGAUGCAACAAUUGUCAGUGCAAUCUAGUAAUAGUGGCCCUCCUGAAAAACCAACUCAAGUUGUAACUCCAGCUAUUAAUAGAAGCCAGCCAUCUUCUGCAUCAAAAAUUAUUCCUGUGAAAUCAACCACUGUUUCUCCAGCAAUAGCAACAAUUGACCGUCUUUUAAGUCUGGGUGCCAGUGUGCCACCACCUCCCCCUGUUAUAACUAGAGCUGCAUCUGACAUGGAUCCCCAUACAAUGGAACAGCUUCGAGCUGUUAAAGAAAUGUUAACAGCCCAAGAAGAAGAAGCUCAAAGCUUACGAGACAUUAACAGAGAAUUAAGAGACAGACUUGAGGAAUGUGAAAUAAAGAUUAAAAAAUUAAAUGAGCAAAAUGAAGAAUAUGCAGAAAAAGAGAAAACUCUCUCACAGCGUGUAGCAGAAAAAGUAAGAAAUAAUAAACAAAUGAGUGUGGUCAUGGAAGAAUAUGAACGUACAAUAUCAUCACUCAUAGGUGAACGAGAAGCAGAAACCAAAAGAUGGACAGAUGAGAGAUCUACAUUACUCAGAGAGAGGGAUGAAGCUGCUGCUCAUUUAGCUUCAAUGGAACAUGCAUUUAAUGAUGUGCACACUAAAUAUGAGAGAUGUAAAGUGAUAAUUCAAGGCUAUAAAAGCAAUGAAGAAACUUUAAAGAGAACAGUAGAAGAGAAUAAUGAUGCCAUACAAAAAUUGGAGGCUAGGUAUGAAACAUUACGACAGCAUGCAAUGCAGCAAUUAAAUAAAGCUAAUGCAGAACUUGACUCGGUAAAGAAGGCUCACCAAGCUGAAAUUCUCAAGCUAAAUGCCAUGCUGAAAAAGAGUGAAGUUCAUGCUUCUUCAUUACAAGAAUCUUUAGCACAGAAAAUAAAAGAUAAUGAAGAACUCACAGCUAUUUGUGAUGAGCUUAUCAAUAAGGUUGGU